AUGACUAAUUUUCCACCAAAAUCAAUCGUGCUCAUCCACCUUCCAAAACUUGAAAAUAUGACUCCCACCAGCAAUCUCUUAUCUUCCCUCUUUUUCUUCACACUCAUACCUCUGUUUUCCAGAAACUCCAUAGCAGACGAUACCUUAAAACAAGGCCAAUCCAUUAACGAUACCCAAUCAAUUGUCUCCGCCGCCGAGAUAUUUGAAUUGGGAUUCUUCAGUCAACCCCAAGCCACAAAUUUGAAGUAUUUAGCAAUAUGGUACAAGGGCGUCACUCCCAAAACUGUCGUUUGGGUGGCAAACAGAGAUACCCCUGUUUUAAGCUCCUCUGCCACUUUAAACUUCAGAAGAGAUGGAAAUUUGGUUCUUAUGAAUCAAACAGGCGCAGCUUUUUGGUCGUCAAAUUCGACAAAAUCAAUUCAAAAUCCAAUAGCUCAGCUGCUUGACACUGGAAAUCUGGUUUUGAGAGAUUCAAAAUCAGAAGAUUAUGUGUGGCAGAGUUUUGAUUAUCCGACUGAUACUCUGUUACCGGGUAUGAAAAUUGGGUGGGACUCCAAAACGGGUCUGAAUCGAAAGCUAAAAUCAUGGACAAGUUCAAACGAUGUGUCCUCGGGAGAAUUCAGUUUUAGCCUCAACACAAAUGGGCUUCCUCAAUUCUUUGUUCAUAAAGGAAACAGAACAAUGUUUAGAGGUUGGCCUUGGUUCGAUCAUGAUUUUGGGCAGAGUUAUGGUAAUGGGUUCAAUUACGAUCUUGUCUUUGAUGCUUCAACAGAGAUAUCAUUUUCAUAUAACGAUUCAGCGCAUAGCCGUACGAGAAUUGUGAUGGAUUCAAGUGGGUCAAUUCUUCGGCAUGAAUGGAACGAUGAGGGAGAAAAAUGGCGAAAAGCAUACUCAUUUGAUGGAGCUGGCUGCAAUGACUACGAUUUGUGUGGGAAUUUUGGUCUCUGUAAUCCCGCAGUGACAACAAGUUGUGGUUGUUUAAAUGGGUUUGAACAAAUAUCAACAAAAAACUUGUCAAAUGGGUGUGUUAGAAGGGAUCCAAAGAUCUGCGAAGCUGGAGAUGGGUUUAUAAAGAUAAGCAAAGUGAAAUGGCCUGAUUCUACAGGGGAUUCUGUGAAAAUGAAACUGGGUGUUAAAGAUUGUGAGGCAGAGUGCUUGAAGGAUUGCGGUUGUUUAGCGUAUGGAACAGUGCAAAUUCCUAAAAUUGGGCUUGCCUGUGUCAAUUGGUUUCACAAAUUGGUUGAUAUUCGUUAUGUUCCUGAUGUUGGGUCGGGAGAUGAUAUCUAUGUGAGAGUUGCUGCUUCAGAAUUAGAAUCAGCUGAUGAAAAGCGUAGUGUUGCAGUGGUUGUGGCUGUGCCGAUUGUAUCAGUGAUAGCCUUUUUGGGUUUGAUUGGCUGUUGGUUUUUCAUGAGAAGACGAGUGAGAGGUAACCAUGAAGUUCUAAUAGUUCCUCCAAUUCAAGAACAUGAACUAGAGAUACCCAUUGGCGUUCUUGAGGCAGCUACUGAAAAUUUCUCUGUUUUUAAUAAGAUAGGAGAGGGUGGUUUUGGGUCAGUUUACAAGGGAAAGCUCCCAAAUGGGCAAGAAAUUGCAGUAAAAAAGCUAGCAGAAACAUCAGGUCAAGGGUUGCAGGAGUUCAAAAACGAGGUCCUUUUCAUUUCUCAGCUACAACAUCGAAAUCUUGUCAAGCUUCUUGGUUUUUGCAUCCACAAUGAACAAAUUUUACUCAUUUAUGAGUAUUUGCCUAACAAAAGUUUGGAUUGUUUCAUUUUUGAUGAUCAAAGACGUUCGUCGCUCACUUGGCCAAGAAGAAUCGAUAUCAUAAUUGGCAUAGGUCGAGGACUUCUGUAUCUCCAUCGAGAUUCAAGGCUUCGAAUCAUACAUAGAGAUCUUAAAGCUGCUAAUAUUUUGUUAGACAAUGAAAUGAAACCGAAGAUUUCUGACUUUGGUAUGGCACGUAUGUUUCGCGAAGAUCAAACCGAAACAAAAACGAGGAGAGUUGUUGGAACUUAUGGUUAUAUGUCUCCCGAAUAUGUAAUAGACGGUUAUUUUUCAGUGAAGUCUGAUGUUUUUAGCUUUGGAGUGAUGGUUCUCGAAAUCGUUAGUGGUAAGAAGAACAAAGGGUUUUUUCAUCCCGAGCAUCAACUCAAUCUUCUUGGACAUGCAUGGAAUCUUUGGAAGGAAGGAAGGAGCUUGGAAUUAAUAGAUGUAAUAUUGGAGGAUCAAUUUGAUGAACAUGAAGCUUUGAGAUAUAUAAAUAUUGGGUUGUUGUGUGUUCAAAGACGUCCAGAAGACAGGCCAAUCAUGUCGGCUGUGGUAUCCAUGUUGGAGAAUGAGAACCUGAGAUUAAUGGUUCCUGAACGACCUGGGUUCUAUGAGGAAAGGUUCAUAGAGACUGGUAUUGAUUCAUCAUUAAAUGAUCAACUGAGUUCUUCAUCUAAUAAUGUCACUGUUACAUUGCUUGAUGGACGUUAA